CAGCGCCGCCGGGGCGUGGGCGGUGGCGGCGCUGGGCCGGGGGGAGCCGCGAGGCCGGGAGCGGGGUAGGCUGCGCCCGUACUUAAGCGGGCUGCCCGAGCCGCUGACGUCUUUCGAAUUGGAGACGGGCUGCCCCCCUCCUGCUCUGGGCUCCCGCGGACGCGGCCGGCGACGGAGCCGAGGUACGAGUGUCUGUCUAGAAUGUCCAGGCACGCACAACAGCUUAGAGACCAUGAUAUAAAUCCAUGUGUAGCGGAAACAGAUGCCUCUAGAAAAUGCAUGGAUGACAACAACUAUAAGAAGGAUAUGUGUACUGCUUAUUUUUUGAAGUACAAAAGCUGCAGGAAAUUCUGGCAUGACAUUAUGAUGCAGAGGAAAAGAAAUGGUGUGAAACCGGAGAUGCCCACAGCAGAAGAGAGAAAGAAAAUAUUGGAAUCAAUGGGGAAGCCCUACUGACCAGAAACUUGCACUGAUUGACUGUUUUCACUGUACAUAUGAAGACUUAACGGCCUUUUUGUGAACUGGACUUUACAGUUGCCAUAUCUUGGAUUAAAAUAAGCUCUUAAAUUUUGAAA